AUGAACUACCGCGUGAAGAGGAAGCUCGGAAAGCUUCGCUUUAGGAAGUGUAAAGCACUAGCAAAACAUGGGGGUAGAUGCAAGAAGCGUGCCACAAGUUCCGGCUUCUAUUGCCACCAUCACAAACACCUUGCGGUGGAAAAUAAGAAAGACUUUCCACCACGCUUGAUAGUGGACAAGGGGCAGGAAAGUCGCAAGGAGUUCGACUGUGGAAGUCCUACAUCAAAGGUGCACGAUAUCACACCUGAUGACAUGGUUAUGUCGGACGUUGCUGUUGCGGACAUUCCCAUUGAUUCGAACUCCGAGAUUGACGCGCCAUUAAGGGCCACGCCAGAGCUGACCUCCGGGCCAUCGGAUACCUCGUACGGGGACAUAUCCCAAGGGCAAGAUUUAUCAUCAGGGGAAGGUAAUGGCAACGUGGAAUCGAGCGGACGCUCUGACGACCAGGAUGAUGCAGCAGUAGCAGUAGCAUAUCAACAAAGAAAACCCGAUUUACCACACGAUCUUCCAGAACAGGAAUUUGAAACGAAAAGUGACAGAAAAUCUGCCCUUAAUUCGACGUUCAACCAUAACAGCGGCAACAGCACGAACACGAACUGCGGGAACACUACGAACAACAAUUGUGGAAAUUCCACGACGAACAACGAUGCCUCGCAGAACUUCCAUGUGGAGGGCGUAAUGGCCUUCAUCACGAAUAACUACUCCGGCUUCUCCAUAGACGACCAGACUAUCAAAACGCUGAUGCGAACAGCAGCAGCUGAGAUGAUGAAUAUUGUCCAAACGUACAAUAUUCCUGCUGGGAAGGAAAAAGCUAUGGUUGAACUGGCAUUGUUUGAUAUGGUCAUUGUCUGUGAUAACAGUAAAUCCAUGCUUCUUUACUCAGAUGCCAUGAAAAAGACAUUGCGGCAUCUUGUGACGAUCUCUUCGCUUCUCCUACCAAAGGGAAUAACGAUCCGGUUUCUCAAUACCAACCACGACGGAAAGGAUCUGUACGAGAACAUCACUGAGGGCUAUCAAGUGGACAAGAUAUGUCAGAAUGCCAAAUAUUUUAGGUUCAGGAACGGCCCAGAGCUAGGGGAUUUUGUCAAUGAAGAUAUUAUCCACCCUAUGAUCAUGAGAAAGGCCCGUGCGGGGGAACUUAAACGGCCAGUGAUUACUAUUAUGCUUACUGACGCCGAUAUACCUUCAGCCCAAGGUCGCGAGACAUUCAAAUCAUGCAUCCGCUCUUGUAAGAAAGCAGCGGACCUGCAAAAGUAUGGUGACAAAGCAGCACUCUUCGUUCUCUCUCGAGUGGGCAAUAGCCGAAGGGGAAAAGAAUUCGUCAGCGAACUGGAAACUGAUACUUCAAUUAAUGACAUGCUACACUGCUCUCCAGAUAGUCUGGAUAAGUGGUUGGCAGACUGCCAGAAGCUUGGAAAAGAAAACGAAUAUACAGGCAAGCUCAUUGAGCUUUUUCUAACUGCAUUGGAUCGCAACGGAACUGCCUGA